UCCCUCCUCCGGAGCUUCUCCUUGGGGCGGCCGCGCGGGAGGAGGCCGAGAUGGCUGAUGAGAUCGCCAAGGCUCAGGCCGCCCGGCCUGGUGGCGACACGAUCUUCGGAAAGAUCAUUCGCAAGGAAAUCCCAGCCAAAAUCAUUUUUGAGGAUGACCAGUGUCUUGCUUUCCAUGACAUUUCUCCUCAAGCACCAACACAUUUUCUGGUGAUACCCAAGAAACAUAUAUCCCAGAUUUCUGUAGCAGAAGAUGAUGAUGAAAGUCUUCUUGGACAUUUAAUGAUUGUUGGCAAGAAAUGUGCUGCUGAUCUGGGCCUGAAGAAGGGUUAUCGAAUGGUGGUGAACGAAGGUUCAGAUGGGGGACAGUCUGUCUAUCACGUUCAUCUCCAUGUUCUUGGAGGUCGGCAGAUGAAUUGGCCUCCUGGUUAAACAUGUUUUAGGGAUAAUUUUCCCUUCUCUAGGCAAUGAUCAAUAUUUGCAAGUUCCAAUAUGUUAAAUAGUAUACAUAUUUUUGCCUGUGUAUGGAGAGAUUGAGGGAAUAAUUUUAAAAGCCCAUAAAUAAUAAAAGAUAAUGUUGCAUGGUUUACAAUCUCUCUGAAACCUGUGUUUGCUUUAUUAAAAAAAAAAUGUUGGAAUGUAUGAAGGUAGAAUUCAUAAUUUGGGUAUUCUUUUUUCUCCCUAAUGUAUACUAAACAUAUGUACAUUGUUAAAAUGGUAUGAUUGGUUUCUGAAGACAAAUACAAGAUUUCACAAAUUGAGUUUUAGCUUUGCAAUACCCUUUUAGGGUAAAAUAUUAGUCCAGGUGGAGAUUUUCUAAUCUAAUUCUCUCAAUACUUAAGAACAAAAGAGUAUCUGAUGUGAUUGAUCCAGAAAGUGAAUGUUUUGGGUCUAAGAGCAAUGGUUUUUGUCAAGCCCAUGUUCCCCCUGGACUGUUGGGGUAAUUUGGAAGGAAUAAAAGUAGAUUUGUCACAGAAUCUUUGAUGACCAUAUGAAGCCAUACGUUGUUAUUUCUUUCAUUAUCUAAACUCUCUGAAUAUUUACUAUAAUUAUAUUACUUAGAAUUAACUUUCCACAUUGAAAACUUAUAAAAAUAUUUUAAGUUGUGCAAGAAUCUGGCUGUGUGGAAUUAAGGAAGGAAUCUCAAGGUCUGAGUUCUUAUCAGAACAUACUUUUUUAGUCUUGCCUUUCUGCCUUCCACAGACUAGUAGUUGUCUAGCAACCAAUUUCUGUAAAUAAUAGUGGGUGUAACUUUUUUUCCAAGUUAAAUCUCCUUUCUUGCUUCAUUCAUAUAUGGUACUUUAUUGUAUUGAUUAUAAUUUUUUUCUGUUCACAUUUUGACUUACAAAAUAAGAAGUAAUUAAAUUUUAAAAAGCCCUUUUCUUAUGGCAUGGGUUUUAAUUAAAAAGAAAAGAAAGUAGUUAAGUCUUUUUCAAACAUGUACUACAAGUGUGCCAAGAGUUGAUUUAAACUCUGCAUAUCAGUCCUUUCAUAAGUCUGGAAAGCAAACUGUUUGA